AUGCCUCGUCGACGACGGCAAAUCGAGUGUUUUGACGUUCAGAUUUUUGUCAAAAUUAUGAACAAUACUGUCAACGUCCCCUCGAACGACCCUACAAUUGUAUCCACGGCGACAGUGGCUGCAGAAAAACAAGUUGAACGUCGCUCAAAGAAUACAACAAGUAAACCUUUCCAGUGGACAGAAGACCACGAUAUACUUCUAUGCCGUGAAAUACUUGUUUGCGAGCCAUUUUAUUUAAAGCCGAGAAGCCAGGAAAGAGGAAAAACAUGGGACAAAAUUGCACAAAAUCUAAACAUGCUUCACCAUCCAAAGUUUAGGGUAACUUCUAGGUCUGUUCGUGAUCGGUGUAGUCUUUUAACAGCAAAACGUGCACAAAAGUUAAACGAUGAAGAAAAGACAUCCGGUAUUGAUGUAGAAGAAACUGAAUUAGAUAACUUACUGGAAGAAAUACUGGAAAAGGAAACGUUGGGCAAAGAACAAAUUGAGCUAGAUGCUGAAAAUAACAAAGCCAAAGCUGAGAAGGAGAAACGUACUGCGGAAAGUAUCCGUGAAGAUGCAAUGAAACGAAUGACAACAAAAAAGCGUAAGAGCAAAAGUGAAAGUGAUGAUGUGGGUGAUGAUAAGGAAGAAAAUGACGAGAUUCCAUCUAGGAAAAAGAAAAGGGUGCGAAUAAGUACAAGUGAUGCAAUUAGCUACCUACAAGUUAAAGCAGAAAAGGAAUACUCUUUAAGAUUGGAGGAGAUAAAUCUUAGAAAAAAAGAGUUGGAAACAGCAGCUGAGAGAGAGAAAGCUAAAGCAGAACAUCAAGAAAACCAAUCACAACAACAAGAUGCAAUUCUUGCUAUGAUGCAGCAAAUGCAACAACAACAACAGAAUCAGCAAAAUCUGCAAGCUAUGCUCAUGACACAACAACAACAGCAGAACCAAAUGCUGAUGGCAUUAAUGGAGAGAAAUGGUUCAAAGUAA